AUGUCUGCCGAAUCGUCACCUUCGCGGCAGCUCAGCGAAAGUUUGGGCAAAUUCCAUAUAUCGUCGCCAAAGUUCAAACCAUAUGUGGAAAACGACGAUUUCAGAGACUCACAGUUCAAUUCGCAUGUGCAGGGCAUUGCCAGUGGGAAAAGCUAUGUGGGAAAGCUGGGAAACUGGUCGGUGAACUACGGAUCCGUUCAGCAACACGGACACAACAGCGAAAACGAAGAACCUCCACAAUGGAAACAAUACAUGCAGGGACAGGCAAGACUUGAAGAACCACGGAAAAAAGCCGGCAAAGGGUUCGAUCCCAGAGAUAAUUUGGUGGUCACAUCUUCUCUGAGCGAUAUCUCGCUUAUUCCCACCAAUACCUUCAAAAACCGCGCGACAAGAGUGCAAAACGUGGACUCGGAAGGCAGCGUGGCCCAGGAACGGGACUCGGCACUCGAAACCGAUAUAGAUCCAGCCAGAGAGGCAUUGGGGGUCUUCAACAACGUUUUGCGCCAUCAGAGAUCCAAUUUUUUCACAGAGGAACAAGUAGUCCAGCCCGAGAGGUCAGUCUCACAAGAAUACGAUUCCACAGGAUCAACCGGGUCAAGCUCUUCUUACGAGUCUUUUAAUCCGUCAUUGUCGCCUAGUACACGCCAGAGAGGUUCAGAACCUCCGGACUCGAGGUCCAACGCUCUGCCGAAGCAGCAACAGGUUUCUCCACGCAGACCACUAAAAUUGAUCACACCCGAAGAUGCAGGAAUGGUUUUCAACUACAAAGAGGGAGUGUGGGAUCAACCAUCAGCAACUGGCGAUGCUUCUACAAGCGGUGCUCACGAUGAUUCCACCCAGGAUAAGAUUGUAUCGUUCAAACUGCCACGCACAAGACCCGAGCAGUCCAUGAUGGACGACACUCCAUUAUCAACGCCCAAAGUUGAUCAAAAAUUUAGGAUCCAGGACUUCGUCUUGGAAGAACCACAAAGCCGAUCCACGUCGAGCAAAAGCGCAGCAACCCUUCGAAAUACAUUUUUAACGCCUGCAGACACAACCCGUAAUCUAGUAGACAAUGUCACUAGCGUAUCUGAGCUGGACACGUCGUUCCGCAUAUCCAAGAGCGCUGUGGUGUCUGCUCUGGUCGAUACUAUACCGCGCAAGGAAAUCUGGGAGCAUAUAUCGGAAUUAUCAUUGAAACAGAAACAGCUCGAGACUCUGGUGGGCCUUGCAGAUAUGACACCUCGGCUAGUGGACCUCGAUGUUUCCCACAACAAAAUGAAUUCUUUACAAGGAGCUCCGAGUAACCUCAUCACACUGUGCUGCGCUUUCAACCGCAUAGGCUCAUAUUGUCAACUGGACAACUUGACACACCUUGAAGAUUUGGAUAUGUCACAUAACCUAUUAUCCACUGAUCUAUCCCUUCUAGCAGGCUGUCUGCAUUUGCGCAAUGUGAACCUUUCCAAGAACAGUAUUUCCUCACUGCACGGUCUUGCUGAAACACGGGCAAGAAUUGAGACGCUUAACGUAUCUCGGAAUAGACUGAUAGGUCCACUUGACUUUGCAGAGCUGGUAUCAUUGGAGCCUCACAAACCGAAUUUUUUAUCGCACGUACGCGAACUCGAUCUCAGCGGCAAUAAAAUAACGACAGUGAGAAAUCUGGACCUUCUAAAAAAUCUGAAAGUACUGAAACUCGAUGGAAACCCUUUGGAGUCGCUCGAGGGCAAUACCGGUUGCAGUUUGAGGGUGCUAAGCUUAUCGGGAUGCACGGCUCUGCGAACGCUGGGGAGUUUCCCACACCUUAGAGUAUUGAGAGUUAGUGGCGAAAGCCUUCAGGCACAACAUUUGCCCGAGACACUGGAACAUUUUGAACUGGUGGGCCCUUCCUCAGGUAUGCUUUUGUGGGACAAUCUACCGCUCAUGCUUCGUAGGCUUCAAUUGACACGCCUGUGCAUAGAGGAGCUUCCUACGCAAUUAGCUACCCGCUGCACAGGCCUUCACACUUUGGUGCUGGCGGGAAAUGAGCUAAAGAGUCUAACACGCUUGGUGGAAAGGCUACCGGGGAACCUGCAGGUGCUGGACGUUCGCAAAAACCCGUUGACGCAUUUCCAGAGCGAUACAGAUCGCAAAACCAUGAUGGAGGCCAUGGCAUUGGCCUUGCCCGUGCUGAAAAAAGUAUAUCUGUAG